GUUGAAGAGCUCACUGACGAAAUCAAAAAAAGGAAGGAGAAGGAUACAUCUAGUGUGGAAGUACAGACAGAGGACUAUGCUGCGUGGUCACAAGCAGAUUAUUACUACUAUGAAAACUAUUACAAUCACACCGAUACUCAAGAUUGUGCAUCUGAACUGCCAGUGCAGCACAAUCAUGAGACUGAAGACACUGAGCAUAAUUUCACAGAGGAAUCACAGACAGGUGCUAGUAUUCCUUUGAGCAACGAAGCUGCUGAAGGUGGAGAAGAGGAAGAUUUAAUCCAGAAUUCACAGGAAGCAGAAGAUACUUCAGUACCAGAGGGUUCUUUGGCAGAGAGCUUGAGAGCUGCUGCAGAAGCUGCUGUUUCACAAACCGGAUUUAUUUAUGAUGAAAAUACAGGAUUGUAUUAUGACCAUAGCACUGGAUUCUACUAUAAUUCAGAAAAUCAACUAUAUUAUGAUCCAGCAACUGGAAUUUAUUACUACUGUGAUGUGGAAACUGGCAGAUACCAGUUUCAUUCUCGAGUGGAUCUGCAGUCUUACCAGACCUCUGGUACUCAGCACACCAAGGAUAAAAAAGGGAAAAAGAAGAGAAAAGAACCAGAGCAGACUACUGCAAAUGAGUAUAAGGUACGUCAGUUGACAGAAACCAUGGCUAAUCUGAAGAUUUCUUCUUUUGGAUUGGCAGCUUCUGGUGAAGAUGAAGAAAAGAUCUGGCCUCCUUGUAUCAGAGUGAUUGUAAUAAGAUCACCAGUUCUACAGACUGGAUCACUUUAUAUUAUCACAGCUGUGAAACCUGCUACAAUUGGAAGAGAAAAAGAUGUUGGACACACCCUUCAGAUUCCUGAAGUUGGAGUCAGUAAGUUCCAUGCAGAAGUAUAUUUUGACCACAAUUUGCAAAAUUACGUUCUUGUGGAUCAAGGCAGUCAGAAUGGAACAGUUGUUAAUGGAAAUCAGAUUCUCCAGCCUAAAACAAAAUGCGAUCCCUACAUCUUGGAGCACGGAGAUGAAGUGAAGAUUGGUGAAACUGUGCUUUCAUUUCAUAUACAUCCUGGCAGUGAUACUUGUGAUGGAUGUGAACCAGGACAAGUCAGAGCACAUCUUCGCCUGGACAGGAAAAAGGAAUCUUCUGUUUGCCCAGCACUUAGCAAAGAAGAGAGAGAGUUAGUCAGAAGAAAAGCAUUAAAACAAAUACGGGUCAAAUAUGGUUUGCAGAACACAGAGUAUGAAGACAACAAAGCAGUGAAAAAUCCAAAGUACAAAGAUAGAGCAGGAAAACGCAGAGAGACCAUUGGAAGUGAAGGAACCUUCCAGAGAGAUGACAGUCCAGCUUCUGUUCAUAUUGAAAUCAGCAACAGCAAUAAAGGACAUAAGAUGUUGGAGAAGAUGGGAUGGAAGAAGGGGGAAGGCCUGGGCAAGGAUGGCAGUGGUAUGAAGGAUCCG